UAUUGUUCUUUUAUGCGAACAUAAAGUAAAAACAAUGCUUGUAAAUUGUCUUUUCUUUUACAUUUUUUUUCUUAGAACCUUAGAAGACCUUAGAAGUUUUGUAAGUUAGUUUAGGUUUAGUUUUAUUUAUAGUUAAGUUUAUUGAUAGAUUAUUUUUAGUUCUUAAGUAUUUUAUUAAUGAUUGUUUUUUUUGAUUGUGUAAGAGUUAGUGUAUCAAAUUUCUGACGACAAUUAAGUAUGAAAUUUUUAUGUACCUAACGUAUGGUAUUGUUUCAGAUCAUGCCGAACACUCCGGUGGCGCCCGGGUUCCAAUGGGACAAGCUGUCACCCGCAGAGUUUCAGCAGCUUCAAGAGCUCGCCUCUUAUUCAACAAAGAAGCUGCAAGAUGUCCUCAACGAAUUCUGCGAAGUCAAGAAGCAGAGUCCAGAUGGGGACAUCGACUUCGAAGGAUUCCGCUGGUUUCUGGACAAUUUCCUUGAGUGCUCAGCUCCAGAUGAACUCUCCAGGCAUUUAUUCCUGUCAUUCGUCCGGCGUGACCGUCGGCCGGCGCUUCGUGAAAUGGCUGCCGCCAGUUCAGCCGCCGCGUGCGCAGCCGUCACUGCGCAUGGAGAUCAUCAGACGAAACACACCUUGGCCUCGAAGAUCCAUGGGCUAGCUGAACGGCUUCAGCAGCUGGGCAAAGGCUCAGGAGACUCUGUGGAUGGCAGCGACAAGGGAUCGAGAAGUCGCACUGGGAGCGUGCACCCCAUGUUCACCGUGACCACGCACCCCUCGUACUCCUCGCAUGAGCUGUGUCUCGGGCGCACGGAGACCAGCCCCAGUCAUAGCCAGAUGUCCAGGAACUCGAGCAGAAAGAGCAGUAACUCCUUGAGGGUCAACCAGUCUACCAAGAUCGAAGAUUUUAAGCACCUCAUGCGGCGAUCGUCUACCCUAGAAGUGCACACCGCCAGGGUCUCAUUGAAGGACAUCGUAUGCUAUCUCUCACUGCUGGAAGCCGGGAGACCUGAAGAUAAGCUGGAGUUCAUGUUCCGCCUAUACGACACGGAUGGUAACGGGGUCUUGGACACGAAUGAGAUGGACUGCAUCGUUAACCAGAUGAUGACUGUGGCUGACUACUUGGGCUGGGAGACGUCUGAACUGAAACCGAUUCUACAAGACAUGAUGGUGGAAAUAGACUACGACGCUGAUGGAACUGUGUCGCUGGACGAAUGGAAAAGAGGAGGGAUGACAACCAUCCCACUCCUCGUGCUGCUCGGCCUGGACACCAACGUGAAGGAGGAUGGUGAACAUGCUUGGAGGCUGAAACACUUCAGCAGGCCUGCCUACUGCAACCUGUGCCACAACAUGCUCGUCGGGCUUGGAAAGAAGGGGCUGUGCUGCAUUUUCUGCAAGUAUACUGUUCAUGAGCGUUGUGUGCAACGCGCUCCUGCGUCCUGCAUAGCAACGUAUUCAAAGUCGAGGAGGGCUCCCGCUACUCUGGCUCAUCAUUGGGUUGAAGGAAACUGCCACGGCAAGUGCGCUCGGUGUCGGAAGAAGAUCAAGGGAUACAACGGGAUCACCGGACUCCACUGCCGCUGGUGCCACAUCACACUUCACAAUCGCUGCGUGGCCAACAACGCCGGCGGGACGUGUUCUUUAGGCCGCCAUGCUCGUCACAUCCUGCCUCCGACUGCCAUCCGUCCGCUCGUGCUCGACCGGCAACGGUCGUUACCUCACCGUCCGCAUCAUGACCAGCAAACCCUCCCAACUUCCAUAUCCCUCCCCAUCUCCAUCUCAGCCCCCCCAGACGAGAAAAAGGAGGAGAAGAAGGAACACCGCGCUCCCCCCAUCUCCUUCCAAAUCAGCCCUCCUGACGGCAGCUGUCCUCUCCUGGUGUUCAUCAACCCUAAGUCUGGGGGGCGCCAAGGGUCCCGGGUGCUGAGGAAACUGCAGUAUAUCCUGAAUCCGAGGCAGGUGCAUGAUAUUGCGAAGGGCGGCCCGAUGCAAGGUCUGCAGAUGUUCAAAGACGCGAAGAACUAUAGGGUGAUAUGCUGCGGUGGUGACGGAACCGUCGGCUGGGUGCUGGAAACCAUGGAUAAAGUGCAAAUGGACACACAGCCGGCGGUGGGCGUGAUCCCUCUCGGCACUGGGAACGAUCUGGCUCGCUGCUUGAGGUGGGGUGGUGGGUACGAAGGCGAGUCCAUUCACAAGAUAUUAGAUAAGAUAUCGCGCGCCAGCACCGUGAUGAUGGACCGAUGGCAGAUCGACGUUGAAAACACCAAUGAAGAGCAACGAGAGCCAUCAGAGCAGCCAGAAAUGCCGACCUCGGCGCCGCACCCGACGUCUGUGCCCUACAAUAUCAUCAACAACUACUUCUCUAUCGGCGUUGACGCAGCAAUCUGCGUGAAGUUCCACACGGAACGGGAGCGCAAUCCAGACAAGUUCAGCUCUCGGAUGAAGAACAAGCUGUGGUACUUCGAGUUCGCCACGUCGGAGCAGUUCGCGGCCAGCUGCAAGAACUUACACGAACACAUCGAUAUUGUGUGUGACGGGUCAUCCCUAGAGUUGAAUAAAGGUCCCGCUCUGCAGGGAGUGGCGUUGUUGAACAUCCCCUACGCGCACGGGGGCUCCAACUUAUGGGGGGCAAGCGGGGUACAUCGAAAAGGUCGCUUCCCUAAUGCACAACAAGAUAUUGGUGAUAAGCUGAUAGAAGUGAUCGGCUUAGAAAACUGCCUCCACAUGGGGCAGGUCAGGACAGGCCUCCGAGCCUCCGGCCGUCGCCUAGCGCAGUGCAGCUCCAUAGAGAUGACCACCAAGAAGACUUUUCCUAUGCAGAUCGACGGCGAGCCCUGGAUGCAACCGCCCUGCAAGAUAACGAUCACCCACAAAAACCAAGUACCAAUGCUCAUGGGGCCAGCACCUGAGAAAGGAAGAGGAUUCUUCAAACUCUUCACCCAUUGCUAACCGUCACUUUAACUCAUUCCAUGUUAAAUAAAAUAGAAGGAGAUGAAAUUUACCAGUGUUGGUAUGUUUGAGUCUUUUGAGCUUAAGUUCUCUCAUCAUCAUCUGAUGCAAUGUAUAUUUAUUUUUCCUCUUCCAAUAUUGUGUUUACAUACUCACUUAAAUUUGAAGACCUUGACUCAGCGCCUAAAACAUUUACGAGUCUUUUAAGUCCCAAGUCGAGUUUAAGGCGACUUAAAAAAGACUCGAGCCUUUAGAUAAAGAUUUCUUAAAAAAUAUUGUAGAUUUUAUCUAAACCAAUACUAAAAUAGGUGUUAAUUAAUGUUGUGUACCUUCACCCAUAAAUUUGAUGUAGAAACUAAGAGUACUCUUUUAAAGGACUCAAAUUCUUUACGAAUGACUCAGGCUUCAAUAAGAACUCAAGUUACGACUCAAUGACUAGAGCAUGAACAAAUGAGUUAAAUCUUAAAGCAGAGGACUCAAAAGACUUGAGUCAUGACCAACACUAAGAUGAACAUAUUUGGUUGUCUUAUUAGAUUAGCAGUGCCACGGCACUUCUUUUUUUUAUUAAAGCUGAAUGCCAAGGAUUUGACCAUCUAGAAUUGAUCUUGAAGCUCGUAUCGGGUUAUACAUUAAAUAAUUCCAAUUUCAUUGAUUAUCGCUGUAAUUAGUUACAUAGGUAAAUAAGCAUUUUAUGACUUUGAAUUGCUUUUAUUUUCAAUGAUAAAAA